CGCGAUCCGGAGCUGUGUGGACGCCGAUUAGUUCCUGGACAGAGAAGGAAAAGCAAUAGCAAGAAGUCGACAAAUUUGCUGCUUGAGAUUAUUCCUUGGACAACUCAGGCUUGCGCAUGCCCGCGAAUAUUACCCCGAACGGCCGCCAAUCGUCAAACCGUAUGGUAAUCCAUAGCAACAAUCUGUCAGUCAUCGUCAGUACAGCCAGUCAUCGUCAUCGCAGCCAUCGCGUGACCCGCCCGGAUGAUCAACAUCCCGACAGACAUCAACAACGGCAGUCGGCUCAGCAGUCCCUCGCGGUUUGCAUUGUGGCCAGGCCAGUCCGCUUCUCGACGGAGGACGAGUCGUCGUAACAAAGGUACAACCGACGUAGCCGAGGGAGCCACGUCGUGUCCUAAAAAGGAAUAGAAUACCAAGGGAAAGAGAGAUAAAAUAAAAGGACACCGUUGCUCAUCCGUCCAGGAAACAUGACGACGGAGGAGAAGUUUAAUGCUGCCGUGAACGUGAUCAGGAGUUUGCCGAAAAAUGGAGCGUAUCAGCCCAGUCAUGAGAUUAUGCUGCGUUUUUAUUCGUAUUACAAACAAGCGACUGAAGGACCCUGCCAACAAUCUAAACCCGCAUUUUGGGAGGUAGUGAAGAAAGCGAAAUGGGAUGCAUGGACACGUCUUGGAAAUAUGAGCCGUAUAGAAGCCAUGAAUAAUUAUGUGGAGGAACUGAAGAAAAUUGUCGAGACAAUGUCUUACACAGAUAAUGUGGCAACGUUUCUCGGCAGUUUGGAUUCCUUUUAUGAAAGUGUACCAGCUGAAGAUUUGGAAUUGCUCGUGGGACCAGUACUGGAGCGUAUGCGCUCCCAACCGGGAUCACCAUUGUCUGGUUCACCAUUAGUGUCGAGAGAAACAUCACCUCACAGAGUAAUGAAUGCUUCUCGGCAUAUAACGAGCAGUUUGGAAACUAGCCCGACCAGCAGCCGUACUGCAAGUCCGCUACCACAGGAUACUGAUGGCGAAGAAGAGGAAUUUAUAGAUACUGUUGAAUCAGCGCCGGAGAGAGCGCAAAAAGAUGCACUUAAAUCCACUAUUGCUUCUCAAAAGGUACAAACCACAGCAAAGAACGGAAUUGAUCAUUCAAGUACAGAAAAUGUUAUAAAAGAAAACACUGAAUUAACUAAUGGAUACAGUAAUACUAAUGGUCACGUGGAAACGAUAUCGGAGAACCAUAGAGAGAGAGGUAGACAGAGAACGAAGAAAGAUGACAAUAAGGUUAAUGCAGAAUUCAUGAAUCAAAUCGCGACAACUAUGCAGCAUCUACAAAGAGAUUUAGAUCGCAUAACGGCUAGAGUACGAGGUUUGGAAGGGCAAGCCCUGCAAGCACUGGCGCCACCAACAGAGCACACUGUUAGACGAAAGUAUGCAAAAUGGUGGCCAUUGCAAGAAUGCCCUCCGCGUUUGUUUGUUUUACUAAUCUUAUGGCCAUUUGUUGCUCACUUACUGAUCAACUUUAUGCAGCGUUAUCGCCAACGAAGACUGUGAUGUCACGACUAUCAUUCCUACGCUGAGAACACAUUUCCCACUGUUUGGGUUAUUAAUAUUGAGUUAUAGUAAACGUACACACAGAUUUUUUUGUUUAGUUAUAUAUAUAUAUUCUUUAUAGAGACAAAGCUGUCCUAAUGCAAUCUACGAUUACAUUAGUAAACGUGAAUUGUGAUAAAAAUGACUAGAUCAAUCUCUGUAUAUUUUUGCAUAUGCGGUCUGUUUCGGAAGUUGCACUUUCUCUUGACUGUAAAUUCACCACUGAAUAACGGUCGAUUGAUUCACAGCGAAAGUUCAAUUGAAGGAACUUGUGUAGUUAUGUUAAGUAACAGAUAUAUAUAACUUAUAAUACUUUGUUUUUUACGCAUUUUUAUAAAACGA